CAGAAAGCGUGAAAAAUCUCACUAAUGGGUUUAUUUGCUGUCAGAUCUGCGCCGAUCUGUCAUUCCCUUGGACCAUUCUGCUUGACACAUUUCAUAGUUGAGUAAGCCUCCUAGCUUUCUGGCUAGAGUUAACAGUGCCCCUGCAACGUUGUGCUGGCUGAGAGCUCAUCAAGAGGGGAGCAACGGCGGCAGCAGUCAGUCUGACAGUCUCUUGGACAGGGAGUCCCUGAAGCUGCAUUCCUCCAGUCUCCUUCCCCCCGUUGGGACUUUGUGUUUGUGAGCCUUGUGGGCAUCCUCAGUUUCUGUCUAAUCACUCACGGCUGAGUCCUCCACAGAAGAUCCAGGCUGUUUCUGCAGGGAUUCUGCUGCUGAUUUGAAAACUAGUGUGAAGAUGUGGUGUGGGGCCGGGCCUCUGGCCGUGGUGGCUGCAGUGUUUUGGACUCAGUGUGUCCUCCUGGAUGGGGUGUGUGCCAAGAAGGAGAGAAAGAAGCCUAAAGAGGCCACCCCACAACACACAGAGACCUACAAUGCUACUUUUUCCAACAGUGAAGAAGUCGGUGGAACUGUCAAGGUUGCUGACAACCAGCGAGUGGAUCCUUUGGGAUCAUGGAUGGACUUUGUCAAAAGACCGGUUGGCAACUUCCCUGGAAAGUGUCGCAAACGCAAACGACCCCUGCCGGGCCCACCUGGUCCCCCAGGUCCUCCUGGCCCACAGGGACCUCCUGGCUCUCCUGGAGCUGAAGUGACCCAGGAAGUUCUUCUCCAGGACUUCAAAGACAUGAUUAAAGAGGCUACAGAGAGGAGAGCUGCAGCAUUGGACAGACAAACCAGCCCCAGCCAGCUACCUACUGCUCUCCUCACCCUGGAGGGGAUGACCUCCUACCGGCGAAUAGAGGAGGCUUUCCACUGCAAGCUCAAGGGACCUGUGGUGGUCGACAAGAAGACUCUGGUGGAGCUCCAGAACUUUCAGACACCACCAGCUAAAGGAGCCUUCCUCAGAGGGUCGGGAAUGGACCAGUCCACCGGGAGAUUCACAGCUCCCAUCACUGGGAUCUACCAGUUCUCUGCUAAUGUCCACAUUGACCACAAUGAGGUGAAGAGGAGCAAGAGUCAGCUCAAGGCCAGGGACAAUGUUCGGGUGCUGAUCUGCAUCGAAUCGCUCUGCCACAGAUACACCUCACUUGAGAUGAUUGUUGGAUUAGAAAGUAACAGCAAGAUAUUCACUGUCAGUGUGCAGGGGCUGCUGGAGCUACAGGUCGGGCAGUACACCUCCAUAUUUGUGGAUAAUGCAGCAGGCGCUUCCAUCACAAUACAGAAUGGUUCAGAUUUUAUGGGCAUGCUGCUAGGUGUAUAGCCUCACUCAUGAACAUCGUCCAAACCAUCCACUGCUGCAGUUAAUUUGUCGUUGUUUUUUUUCAAUGGACUGCUUUUGAGCACCAUCACACAUCACCAAACCACAGGGAGGUUUGAAGGAAGGAAAUGAGGCUGACAUGGACUUAACCGGUUGUCAGAUGGUGAAGGGACGGUGUGAAAAACUCAAGGACUGAGUUUGUUUUUCACAGUGCAUCACUGACACUUCCCUGAGGAACUUGGAUGCCUGUUGCUUCACCAACAAACAAAAAAACCUGAAAAUAAAGCAGUGAAUAUGUCUGUUAGAGUAUAUUCGUUUGAGUUUGUUGAAGACCUUUGCGGUAAACCAAAUAUCAAUGUUUUUAAUGUUCUCUGGAUAGACAUUGGAAGAUGCUAGGGGACACGAAAAAAGUACAUCUGUGUGUUUAAUGUAUUCUGACAUGUUAAUGUUUUCUGUCUACAUGAUGUAUUAUGUACACACUCAUUAACUAUAGUUGUAUUUUAUCAUGGAUUGAAUCUCACAUUUAUAUAUGGUAUAUGGUACAUAGACUGUGAGUACACUGGACAAUGGAAACAUGCUCAAUAGACAGAAUGCAGCCUCACAAUAUCUUGUCCCACUUAUAUAUUUACAUGUUUUGUAUCACAACUAUUACUGCAUUUUUUAAGCUAUGCUAGCAGCGUGGCAAUGUCAGACAUUGGGUCCACCAUUUUGGUUCAGACCAAAAUCUCGCAACAACUAUUUGGUGGAUUGCCAAUAAAAUUUGCAGGGACAUUCAUGGUCCCGUGAGAAUAAAUCCUAUUGACUUUGGUGAUCCAAUCUCAUGUAGCCUCACCAUGAGGUUGACACUUUUUGGAUGGAUUGGCUUGAAUUUUGGUACACACAUUCAUGUCCCCUUCAGGAAGAUGUGCAACUGAUGUUAGCAUUCUAAUACAUUAAACUAAGAUGGUAAAAAUGAUAACCGCUAAACAUCAGCAUGGUAGCAUUGCACAUGGUGAGCAUAUAAGCAUGCUGAUGUAAGGAUUUAAGAACCAUUGUACCUAAGUACCAUCUUGUCAAGCAGCUAGCAUGGCUUUAGACUAUUAUGGCGUAUUCACAUUACAACAGAAGAACAAGGGUCUUGCAUUUCGCGUAGGUAGUUACAGUAAAUACCACUCUGGGAUUCCCAGUGGUGCUGUACCAGGUUCUGAGCCAACAAAAGCAUUCUGCGCGUUGGGGUCUGGAAGACUUUUUUUUCCCUUUUCUGUCAGCUUUAUGCAAUAUUUUUCAAGCCUUUUGAGAUAAUAGAAUGCCUAAAGUCUGUACAUCAUUUGGGGGAAAACCCCAAUAGCUGCCAAGGGAAAAAAACAGACAAAAGUGAUUUGGUCUCUUAGUUCAAGCAGGGGUCCACAGCAAUUGGCUGCGCCCACAACUUCCUGCGAACCGCAAAUAUCCUCACAGAGCUUUCACAACACACCACAAUAAUGGAGGAGGCGCGUGCCAAAGCUCUUUUUCCGCGAUUAAUGUGAAUACGCCUUUAGACUUGUUUAAAUUUGUCAAUUUGUCAAUGGAAAAAUUGAGAUCCACCUUUUGACUAAGCUGUAAGAAAAAGUUUUUUUUACCUUAAGAUUUUUUUUACAGGCUGUUUUGUGUUAUCAUUUAUCAUCUGUUUGUUUGUUUCUGUAUUUUAAUAUUUUCUUGAUAGAUGUUUGUAAUUUAUAAAAACUACUACACCAGUAACAUUGGAAAGCAUCAAAUUUGAUAUGGUAUUUAUGUUUGAGGAAAUGCAUCACUUGUUGAUUGACACUCUCGUGGACUCGUGAAACCAGAUUAUUGCAAGGAGAAAAUGAUAUCUUAUGCUAUUUUUUUAUUACCCAUACUAUGCUGUAAUUUGAAAUUAAACUUU